UCCACUCAGGUGGACCCCACAACGAUUUCAUUUGGAUUCAUGUGGACCGACAGAUAUUAGAAGGACAUACCAUCGUCAGAACUGUCAUCUCCAAGUGCAGCUUCACCUUUUUUUGGAAUGGGGGUGGGGGGUUGAUUUGGGACUGUAUUUGAGUGGAUUACUUUCCCUUUGUAAAGUGGAAGCUGUGGAGAGUAAAGUACAGAAGCUGUUACAGAACGAGGAGUGGCAGCGAUGUGAGAUAAUGGCAUCCGGAUCAUCUCUACCAGAGGACAGGUUCUCCUGUCCCAUCUGCUGUGACAUCUUCAAGGAUCCUGUCGUCCUGGCAUGUGGCCACAGCUUCUGUGAAGUCUGUCAGCAGGAAUACUGGGCAGAUAAGAAACCUUGGAAAUGUCCAGUUUGUAGGAGAAGAUUUCCCGUAGCUAUGACUCAACCUCCUCGUAACCUGGCGUUGAAUGACGCGUGUGAGGCCUUCUUACAGGAGAGAAGGCAGAGAGCUUCCGCUGGGUCUGAGAUACAGGACAGGAGUCAGAGAGCUUCAUCUGGGUCUGAGAUACAGCAUGGGAGUCAGAGAGCUUCAUCUGGCUCGGAGGUGCUCUGCAGUCAGAGAGCUUCAUCUGGGUCUGAGAUACAGGACGGCAGUCAGAGAGCUUCAUCUGGCUCUGAGGUGCUCUGCAGUCUGCACGGUGAGAAAUUCAAACUCUUCUGUCUGAAGGACAAACAGCCCGUCUGCUUGGUGUGUCGAGAUUCAAAAGUCCAUAAAUCUCACGACUGUGUCCCCGUAGACGAGGUUGUCCAGGAUCUUAAGGAGGAACUCCACACCGCCCUGAAGCCUUUACAGAAGAACCUAGAGGUCUUUAACAACGUUAAACUAGCCUGUGAUAAAACAGCAGAACACAUGAAGAGUCAGGUCCAGCACACAGAGAAACAGAUUAGGAAAGAGUUUGAGAAGCUUCACCAGUUUCUACGAGAUGAAGAGGCAGCCAGAAUAGCUGCACUGAUGGAGGAAGAGGAGCAGAAGAGUCAGAUGAUGAGGAAGAAGAUUGACGAGAUGAGCAGAAAGAUAUCAUACCUUUCAGACGCAAUCAGAACCAUAGAGGAGGAGCUGAAAGAUGAAGACAUCUCAUUCCUGCAGAACUUCAGGACCACAAAGGAAAUAUCCCAGUACACACUGCUGGAUCCACAGCUGGUCUCAGGAGUUCUGAUAGACAAGGCCAAACACCUGGGCAACCUGCAGUUCAGAGUCUGGGAGAAGAUGCUGGGGAUCCUCAAAUACACUCCUGUGAUUCUGGACCCAAACACUGCACAUCCCAGUCUCUCUGUGACUGAUGAUCUGACCAGUGUGAGAAGACCAGGCACGUCCCAGCAGUUCGUUAACAACCCAGAGCGAUUUAUGAGGUACACAAAUGUUCUUGGCUCUGAGGGGUUCAGCUCGGGAAUACACAGCUGGGAGCUGGAGGUGGGGGACCAUCCUGACUGGGUUUUGGGCGUGGCUAAAGAGUCCAUUGACAGGAAACGGGAGCGUGAUGCGACACCAAAGAAUGGAAUGUGGUGUAUAUCGCAGCACGGUGGGAAGUACAUAGGAGGAGGAGGUGACAUCAUCGCUCUGAAGAGGAGACCCCAGAGGAUCAGAGUGCAGCUGGACUACAACAGAGGGGAGGUGUACUUCUACGACCCCAAAUACAUGACACCUAUCUACACUCUUAAAGUCAGAUCUACUGAGAGACUGUUCCCAUACUUUAAUAUUGGGAAUGUGGCUAAUGGCAACAACCCUGGUAUUCAGAUCUGCCAAUCGAAAGUGUCUCUGAAAGUGAAGUAAUCCCUGUGUGUGUGUGUGUGGGGGGGGGGG